GCCACACGGAAGCGAAAAGAAAUCCAAACAUGUUUCUGUAACUUCUUCAAACACAUUUAACGUUUAAUGACUAACGUGACAUAACAUCAUAAAAUCACAUGCGGAAGUAUUUUGCUCACAGCAUUUCUGCAAAGCUUUAAAGGACUUCCAGAGGAAAGGCGGAUUACCAGACUUCUGUUUUUAUUGUGUUUUAGUUUGCCAGAGUUCAUCAGAAUGAGCGAGCAGCAGGUGACACCGUUACUGCACGAGUGUCUCCGGUGUGCAAUCGGUGGACCAACUGAAGCAGCACACGAGCUCGCGCACCCCAGCGGGUUCUUUCCGGAUGACCUGAGUGCGCUCCUGCAGGAAGCUGUGGACAGAAAGUGGCCCUUCGUGGAAGAGAAAUGGCAAUACAAACAGUCUGUGACGUCUGAGGACAAAAUCAACUCGUCCGACCUCAUCAGACGACAUUUACCACGGUUACUGAUAUUCCUCAGAGACAGCAUUGUAGCCGAUGAGCCCGAGUGGGCCGUCGCCGUAGUCUUCUUGGUGGACCGUCUUCUGUACUGGAUGGACAGUUCUCACAUCCUUCUGAAGAUUGCUAAAGCGUUGCACAAACGUUAUCCAGCGAUCCCCAUCGCCCCUCAGAUCAUCAUCAGACAAGCUCGUGUGUACCUAAACAGCGGUAAACUGCAGAAAGCCGAGGUCAUACUGAGCCGUCUGAUCAAUCGGAACGCUUCGACAGGCUCAUGGACGUACGUGAGGGUCAGUGAGCAGACGCUGGUGCAGGCCGUGAGUCUGCAGGUCAGAGGUCAGGUGUUGCACAAGUUAGGUCUGUGGAUCGAUGCGUUCGAGCUGAUUUGGGCGUCUCUGGUGGGGUUUUACGCUCUUCCUGAGCCUGAUAGAAAGGGCAUCGGGACUUCUCUUGGUCUUCUGGCACAAAUACUCAUCUCUAUGAAUGACCAGGACUUUGACACGCUUCGGAAAAAAACUCAUAUCGACUUCAGUUUACUGGGAGAACAUCAUCAUCAUCGUCUGCUGUCGGCGGCUCGAGCUGCUCAGAUGGCUGUCGUGUACAGUCAAUACGGAUCUCUGUAUGUUUUGACCAACGUGGUCGCCCAAGGAACCUGUUUGCUAUCCUACAGUUUCUCUGACAAACGUUCCAUCGAAGAUCAGAAUCGGUAUCUGACUUUAGCCAAUGAAGCCUUCGAGAUUGGCCUGCUGACAAACACAAGUGACACAGUCACUAGUAAACUGGAGUUACACACUUUACUCAAAGCGUCUUACUGCUUAACCCUAACUCACAGAUGGAUGAAGGGUCAGUCUGAGAGCAUCACAAAAGCCAUGAGAAUGUGUCACGAAGCCUUGACAUUAUUUUUUGAGUAUUCCAGCAGUGCAGACUUCAGUCUGUCUACUGACAUCACUGCCCAGAUUCAACGCAUCAAGUCAUUGUUGAACGUGAAAAGCUUCAGUAAUUCCGAUCCGCACUCCUUCGUUCCAGACGGCUAUCGUUCUGUGAAGUUUGGACCUGUGAGGUUUGCACUCCACGAUUUCGCAACGCUCAUCGACAGUUUUGGAAAGCACCACAGAUCCGUGUGCGAGACAUUUGAGAUGAGUGCUCUUAUGAAAAGAGAAGAUCCUGCCUCAACCUGCUGUAUAACAGCAUUUCAGAUCGACACGGAACGCUCCGAGAACCCUGAACAUCAACGAGAAACGCUCGACGGCUGUCAGGAGCGCACCAGCCCAAAUCAAUAUGGCAAUGAUGGAUUUAUGGAGCAAAGUCUGAGAAGAAAGUCCAGUGACAUGUUCUCCUCUAGGCAGGAUUCAUCUGGGAGCGGAUCUUCUUUUGUUCUGGUCAAUUCAAACUGUGGUACUGAGAUUAGUGAUGAUGAACGGAGCAACAGCGUUGGUCCUUCAAAACCUAACGUAGAUCAACAAAAGACACGCAACACAAAAGGAUUCCAGAGAGGACGUAAUCUGUGUACGACUGAAGAUGAAACCGGGCCGGGGUCUGUCACCAAUAACAGGAACGACAUUGGCAAGAGUCUGAGAGUAAGAGCGUCAGGUUCUUCUGGCAGUAGCUUGGACUCUUCAUAUGAGCAUAUACCAGUCCAACCUCAAAGCAGCAUAGAGACCGUAGAGGACAUCCUAGACCUCCCCCAGUUUGAUUGUGAUGUCACUUCCCUCUCGGUAACCAAUCAAGAUGCAAAGGUGAAGACUAAAGAUGGCAGCGUAUCCUCAUACUCUCUGGCCGACAGCUUUGGCUCGCGCUCGUCUUGGGAGAAAUUGUCCGUUAGUCCUGUAACCAACACGUCUGAGUUACCACAGACGAAUCAUUCACGACAGAGGUCAUCUCAAAACGUUUUGAAAGUACGAGAACGCGUGAGAGCGACCAUGUUGUCAGCUUUAUCAAGCACGGAAACCGAUCCGUUUGAAGAACUGGGAUUUGAGCAUCUGUCCGUCCCUGACCACCAUCAAGAGAAACACAGACGCUUCGGGACCAUCUCUGAGUCGUGCAACCUAUGUUUCGAGGACUGUAUGAUGGGCAGUGAUAUUCUCACAGAGCGGGACUACAGAUGUCUGUUUGCAGGGGUUUGUCACGGUUGUUUGCUCAGAAGGCUGCCGAACAAACCGCUAAAAUCUCUGGACAGCAGACGUCAUAGCCGGGCGUACGAUGCCGUCAUCCUGAAAUACUCAAAGGCUUCCGACGUGUGGACGGCCUUGGAAAGCAGCGUUUUCAUUGGAGAACGGACCGGUGACUGUGGCACACAGAGACGAGCUCUGGAGGUGCUGUAUCUUCACCAGGAACAACUGCUGAGCAGAUACGUGGGUAAAGAGUAUCUGAAGGAGAAGGGCCUUCACGCACACCUGCAUGAUGUGGAGCGUCAGAUGAGCGCACAACACUACGUCACCGAGUUUAAUAAACGUCUCUACGAUAGUAACAUCACAGCUCAGAUCUUCUUCAUCCCCUCGGAAGUGCUUCUGAUUCUGGAGAGGGGUCGUAUCGAAACAUGUUUGUCUGCAGAACCGUACAUGUCUGGAGAUUUCUCCAAGCUCACGAACAACACCAAACGUACAAAAACUGAGCAUGCUGCCACAAAGUACGCCAUCGCAUUCGGUCAUUUCACCUACGAGUUCUCCAACCAUGAGGAAGUCGUGGUUGAUCUUCAAGGUUGGAUCACGAGUAAUGGAAAAGGUUUGACGUAUCUGACCGAUCCUCAGAUUCACUCGCUACGAAAGCCCAGAUUGAGCAACUUCCAACAGACGGGCAUUGACAACUUCCUUAAAUAUCAACAUGGAGAUGAAUGUAAUGAGAUCUGUCGAGCGGCUGGACUAAACACAAUCCACACAAUAAAAUCACGUGUAUAAUGUCCUUCAGUACAAUGUCAAGUAUUAUACUGUAGCAAGGAGGGCGGGACGGGAGCCAUGGGGCGGAGCCGGUGGAGUGAGUGAUAGUGCUGUACGCGCACCAGUACCGGAUCUCCCACGGAGGAGUUCAAGAGCAUUAAAGGACGAAUCGACAGGACUUCCGGCAAGAGUUUUUGUGGCUGGCAGUUGCCCGUGAGGUGGCUGCAAGUCUUUUUGUUUGUUUAUUUUUGAUUGAAGUUUGUUUGAAUGUUCGCCGCUUCGCGCCUACUUUCCUCCUUUUAUUGAACUUUAUUACAAAUACCAUGGUCUUUUGAAUACUGGAUUCUGGUUGGAAGUUGUUUAUUAAAAGCCUGUGACGCAUGGAUAGCUCCAGUCAGUUUGAUUACAUUUAAAAUGACAACAUAACCGUCAUUUUCACCUCUUUGAUCUAAAAUGACAAAGUAAACGUCAAUAAAAGCUUUAAUUUGACAAAUAA